AUGAUUACCCAUAUCUUUUAUUCCUUGUAUACCUUCUUUACAUCUCCAAAGCCAAAAUUAGUUGACACAAUGUGUGACAUGUAUAAUGGUGCAGUUUGGAAAGAACUCAAGAAUAGUAAUAGUAUUUCAUUUGUUGAGCAACCUUGUUUGCUGAUGCUGACACUCAAUAUUGACUGGUUCCAGCCAUUUGAUAAAGUGACAUACUCUUGUGUUGCAAUCUACCUGACCAUCAACAACUUGCCUUGCAGUGACCUGUUUAGAGCCAAGAAUUUAAUUCUCAUAGAACUUAUGCCUGGUCCUGAGAAGCCUAAAACCAACAAGAUAAAUAACUAA